AAGGUUACGUGUUUGUUAUGUACGAUUUUGACAAGUUUUCGGGAUAAAAAUCCGUAAACUUUCAGUUUUCUUUUAAAAAAAAAAAAAAAAAAAAAAAAAUUUAACAAGACUAAUCGAUCGAAAAACCGUCCUAUCGGCGUGACAUUUUAUUGAUAUUUCUUCGAGCUGUUCCCAACGAUUUUAUUAAUGUGCAUGGUGUUGUUUAUACAUGUCAUCAUAUAUAUAUUGUCGGAGAAAUUGAUGGCAGUCGAAGUCGAGGGAAAAGCGCGGAAAGAUCAUCGGCGAAACGAGUGAGAACCUAAGAAAGACCGCGAGCGAAUAUCAGGGAGCGAUCGGCCGCCGAGGGAUCAAGUAAUCGACUCUCGCGAUUGUUAAUCGAAUUUGUCGAAGGUGGGUAGCCGCGCGCGGAGAGAGAGAGAGAGAGAAACAUGGCGUUUGUUUCUCACGUUGUCGCACCGAGCGAGUGUCCAGCUUAAUUAGGACCGAGCCGGGAGGCUGCGAAUCGACCGGGAGGGCGGAGGACGCGACCGACCUCGUGUUCGAGGGGUCGAUCUCAUUCCCAUUCGCGACAUCCUCCUCGAUCGAGGGCGGGCGUCGCGCUGUUCUGAUGCUCCGGACUCGGCCACGAGGACAGAUCGAUUGCACCAUCCGUGGGAUCCCCUGAGAUGCCGAGAAAGAUCGCCGAGACAAGCGCACAAUGACGUCCCGCAGUUACACCAAGUCCUACAGCCGUAAGGUCAGCAGUGUAACGGCCGGCAGUAUCCAGUUCGACAAGCUCUUCCGCGAGAACAGCAACCGGCCGUCCGCUGCCAAGUCGGCGGGCACCGUUGGAAAAUGGGGCAUAACAUCCUUCACCUCCAUCAGGAGCACGAAUAUCAAUGGGAGACGAGAUGAUAUACAUAGUACAUUCGGCGCGAAGAGAAUGAAACUCGAUUAUGGGAAUCAGAAUCGCGUGAGUUCCGGGAAGGAUCCCUUCUCUUUCGAGACCGAUCCGGAUAACAAGCCGGAAGCUUCUCCGGCGGUUGUCAAACCGAAAAAGUUCUUCAAGAGCAGAAACGUCCCGCCUGUGGUAGAGGAAUCUCGCCAGGAUGUGGCAAUUUAUAGACAAGUACCUGAUUCGCAAUAUGGGAGGGCUCGUGCCACGAAGCAACCCGCGCAGCAGCCGACGCAGAAGCAGCAACCAGCGCAGAAGCAGCAGCCAACGCAGAAGCAACAGCCAACGCAGAAGCAGCAGCCAACGCAGAAGCAGCAGCAGCAACAGCAAGCUGUAACGAAAGUAUCACAUGCUCCAAUUAAGAAAGUAGUAGAAACUUUAGAUAGCACCAGUACUCAUGAUACCCCCAAUCGAGAGGAGAGCAAACCACCGAUCGUGUUAAGAAUAUGCAAAGGUACAGCGCGACUGGUUUGCGGAGACGUGGAUACUCAGGACCUCGAGCCGGACACCUACAGGAUUUCCACCAAUCUCGCUAGUCCAUCUAAAGUCGACGUCGAACGUAAGAUCCUCAACACGGAGGCGCCGCUCAAAUCCGAUCAUAGAUCUCUGCGUACGCAUCCACCUGCCGUCUCGACCGUGUCGAUUCCUCUGGAGAACUCGGACAUGAGGAGAACCACUCGUAGUCGCGCGAAAAAUCUGCACUUGGACCUGACGGCGGCGAGUAGCAUCGUGACGCCGCCGGCACCGAUAACUCCCAAUUCGCACGGCUCCGGUCUCUCCUUGACCCUGAGAAAAUCCGUAACGGACUCCAAUAAUACCCUUAUAUCUCAUUACGAUAUCGUUAAGACUGACUGCAGCUCAACAUAUUCCUCCAAACCGGUAAUCGAACCGUUGAUCGGACGCGAUCAGCCGCUACCGACCACGACUCAGGAGCUGAUCGAUAUCCUGUCGAGCGAUUCCGAUACGAGACCGGCACCACCAGCACCAUCGCCGCCGCCGCCGGCGCCGCUGCCUCCGUCGUCGUCACCGUUGGCUCCACCACCAUCACUUCCACCACCGUCACCAUCACCACCACCAUCUCCGUCACCAUCGCCACCGCCAGCACUACCACCACCGCUAUCAGUGAUUGUCAAUGAUAAUGAUAAUACAGAAAUUACAACUGCAGAAACGUCGGAAAGUGUCGGGAGCCAAGUUCAACAUUGCUCCGUAGAUAUCCUGGCCAAUGAAGUUGCGGUACCUGUUGUGCGGCCUGAAUCCAUAGCGCAACAACCGGAACCGGAGGCAGAACUUGAUCUCGAAUCGGAACCGGAACCACCGGCUCGAAUCAGACCCGGCGCCGACACCAUCGCUGAGACCAUCGUCGCUGCCACCAGCACCGCCGCUAAGACUCUGGUAGAUCAGGAUUGGUUCUCGGGCAGCGAUGAUAGUGAAGGUGCUAGCGGUAACGUCGAGAGCGAGAUGGCAUUGCAUGUGACGAGCACGGUCUCCGAGUCGCAGAUCUCGGAUCCACCGUCAACGACGGUCUCUGCGUCGAUCAAGCCCGCUGCUAAGAAAGGCAGCAUCUUCAAGAGCCGGUCAACAGGAGCGACAGAUGGGAACAAGAGACGAGCGUUGUACAAGCACAAAUGGUGCGACAGCGACAAGGAGUCGACCGCUGCGGAUACGCCUACCACUGGUAACAGCACCCCGACCACCGCGUCUGGCUCCAGCAGCGCGGGACCAGUCGCGUACGAGGAGGAGUUCGAACCCUCACAGUUAACGAGAGUCGUCACUUAUCCCGCGAUCGACGCGGAUUUCGAGGACGAGGCCGACGCGAUCACGAGUAUCCGCUGCGGUAAAAAAGUUAAAGGAUUCUACACUGUAGUAAAGAAUGUAAAGAAAGCUCAUCAGAUACAAGAGAGUGGAGAGUUCCAAGAAUUUAAUGAUGAUGUCGAAUAUAUCUUGGACACUUUGAGAGAAAAUAAUCCAAAUGCUACUCGUUGCCUUUCAGCCAUACGAUUAGCAAGUAAAUGUAUGGCUCCUGCAUUUCGCAUGCAUGUGCGCGCUCAUGGAACUGUUGCCAAGUUUUUUAAAGCUCUUCAUGAUGCAACUAAGGAUCAGAGUCUUGGUUUAUGCACAGCAACAGUAAUGUUUGUUUUAAGUCAAGAUCGUCUAGCUAUGGAUCUAGAUCGCGAUUGUUUGGAAUUAAUGUUAAGUCUAUUAGAAUCUGAUGCCAGUCAUAAGGAUGCUCUUGACGACUGUGGUCUCAGUCAUGCUGAAUUAUUGAAAAAUAAAGAAAAAGUGCGUCAAUUGUGCGCUGAUAUACAAGCUCAAGGACACGCUAAACAUCUAAAUCUAGAUAAUAUUACUGUUGGUCAGCUUGCUAUGGAGACACUUCUAAGUCUUACAUCAAAGCGCGCUGGAGAAUGGUUUAAGGAAGAAUUGCGAGAAUUAGGCGGAUUGGAACAUAUUGUAAAGACAAUUCGAGAAUGCCACCGUCAUAUUAACGGCCAGAACGUCUUAAGAUCUGGCUGGACAGAUCCUUUAUUAGAUAAAUUACGUAAAGUUGACAGAUGUUUACGUGUAUUAGAAAAUGUAACACAUAUGAAUGAAGAGAAUCAGGUGUAUUUAUUAAAGUAUGAGGAAGGAGUAUUAGUAAGCACAUUAGCUAGUUUAUAUCACCUGUGUGGACAAGAGAUUCCCAUUUAUCCAACAACAGAUCCAAGCGAUAAAAGUUCUACCGGUGCUGUUGUUAGAGAAUGUCUCUUUGCAAUUAUUAAAGUUCUCAUCAACCUUACUCAUCGGUUUAACAGACAAUCUUUUGGUAGCAAAUCAGUUGGCGCACAAGUUGGCGUUUUGGAUUGUAGUUUGUUUCUUUUAUUACGUGUGCCUGAAUCACUUCCGGAAGAAAAGCGAUUUGACAUGAUGAUGCUGGCGUUAAUUUUAUUGAUAAAUUUAGUAGAGCAAUGUGAUGAUAAUAAGCAGUUACUCAUUGAAUCGAAAGCACCUGCAUCACUAGAAAAUAUUUUUGAUGCAGAGGAAAGCGGCGUGGGAUCUUUAAUCGAUUUGUUUUACAAACAAGAGGAACUUGCGCGUGCCGAGGAACAAAAAACUGAUGCCAUUUUAGAUGGAAAAAAAGAUUCCGAACAAACAGAGACGGUAUCAACUACCACUAAAACUCAAGAGGAAUUUAUCGAAGAGACCGUCACUAAAUUAUUGCAAAAAGCUGGACGACAUAUGGAGCAUACAUUGAUUGGUGCAUAUGUAGUGCUUUUACUUGGAUACUUAAUAAUGGAUAAUAAGGAGUACGAAUCAUUGGUACGAAGUAGAUUGCCAGACAAGAAUUUCGAGACUAUGGUAUCUGUACUUCAGAAAUUCUUCAACUUUAUGAAUAUAACGGUAUCGCAGAACGAAGUGAGCAGUUGUGGAAUUGCUGCUACCGAAAAGGUAAUCAAGUUCCUAAAAAUGUCAGAUGCCAGAAUAGAGGAAGAGAAGAAUGAGUUACCAUUGCCAGCAUUAGAAGACACCAAUACAAUGCUUAACUUAACUUCAUCUUGAUUGACAUAUUAUACACACACUUGACAGCAUUUUUUUCACCUGGCGUACGCAAAGAGCCAAAGUUGUAUUUGUCCAACAGAAGAAAAUUCUUUUUAUUACGAAGCAGAUGGUCUUGUUUCAUAUUCAUAUAUUUUGAUACAUAUUUAUUCACUUACAUAAUUUAUUGUUGUAGGUUUCUUAUUAUUAUGAUUUGGUUUAUUUCUUUAUGAAGUGGAACUUAGUUAUAUUUACUAGUUUUAAGUAUACAAUACUGUAACUUUGUGAAGUAUAUAUAGGGGCACAUCUUGUAAUUAUAAUUGCAAGGCACUUAUCGCAAUUGUUAUUACCAUCUUUAAGAUAUCAUUAAUAUAAAUCAAGGUAAUGAAAAGCCACUUUUUUUAAGUUAAUAGAUCAAAAAGAAUAACGCGAUAAGCUUCUCGCUCCAGCAUAUACAGUUUAAUAUCUUCUGUAUAUCAUCUUAAAAAAAAUUGUACAAUCUAUUAAAAUUAUAUCUAUUGUUUUAAAAUCUAUUAAGUGAUUAACAGCAUUAGGACAUGUGAUCCGCUGAAAUUUAAUAUAGCAUUAUGUAUAAGUUUAUUUUAAUAUUAAAAUUAUAUUAUAUGA